AAAUUAGCGUAGUAGUGCGACUCAUUGAUAUCCCUAGCGGGCUGUCGUGAUUGGAGUUGACAAGGAGCCUUGCACUAGCACCAUGGCAGCAGAGCUCUCAACUAACAUAAAUAUCAAAGAGCCUCGUUGGGAUCAGGGAACCUUUAUAGGAAGAGCAAAACAUUUCUUCACAGUUACAGACCCUAGGAAUAUCCUCCUGUCCAAUGAACAACUAGACAAAGCGCACCAAAUCAUCCAUGAUUACAGGCAAGGGGUCGUAUCUCCGGAUUUGACAGAGGAUGAGCUAUGGAGGGCCAAGUACAUUUUCGAUUCAGCUUUUCAUCCGGACACGGGAGAGAAGAUGCUUCUGAUUGGUCGCAUGUCUGCACAGGUGCCAAUGAACAUGACCAUCACAGGGUGCAUGAUGACAUUCUAUAGGACAACACCAGCUGUGGUCUUUUGGCAAUGGAUCAAUCAGUCUUUUAAUGCAAUAGUCAACUACACCAAUAGGAGUGGAGAUGCACCCAUUACAGUAAAUCAGCUUGGCACAGCCUACAUAUCAGCCACUACAGGUGCGGUGGCCACUGCACUGGGACUGAACUCCUUGGCAAAGCACAUCUCACCACUCAUAGGACGUUUUGUCCCAUUUGCUGCUGUUGCUGCUGCCAACUGUAUUAAUAUACCACUCAUGAGACAAAGGGAACUGAAACAUGGGAUUCCGGUAACAGACGAGAAUGACAAUAGGUUAGGGGAGUCUACGAAAGCAGCCCAACAGGCCAUCACACAAGUGGUGAUUUCUAGAAUCCUCAUGGCUUCACCUGGGAUGGCUAUUCCACCAUUCCUAAUGAACUCUUUGGAAAAGAAAGCGUUUCUUAAGAGGUUCCCUUGGAUGAGUGCUCCUAUUCAAGUUGGGUUGGUGGGAUUUUGCUUGGUGUUUGCCACUCCACUCUGCUGUGCGUUGUUUCCACAAAAGAGUUCUAUGUCCUUGAGUCGCCUGGAGCCAGAGCUUCAGGAGAAGAUUCGUGCCAGUCACCCAGGCGUGGAGAGAGUCUACUUCAAUAAAGGACUAUGAAGGAUAACUCAACACAUUUCUGCACUGCUGUAACUACCCCGUUAAACAUGAAUCAUCAUUCUGUGUGCCAAAGUUAAGUUGUUUCAUUUUAUUUCAAGGACAUCCCACCCUGGUUUUUCUUUGUGACUAUUUUCUGAUUUGUUUUUAAUUGAAGACAUUUUUGACUUUGCUGAUUUGUGCUGGUGUUAGAAUUGACCUAUGUCCAAGGGUGCCAACGUAGACAUUUGUAUUUCCAUGUAGUACUUUUUGUAAUUUUUUGAAAUAAUUGUGUUUCCUGCCAAACUAUUCCUGUUUGCCAUUCUAUGUCAUGUUCAGUGAAGAACAAAAUGGCAGGUAUAUCGUUAUUGUACUGUUUUUAUUUCUGUACUGCAUUGCUGUAAUUAUCAUUCAGUGUUAGUAUCUCAAUGAAAAAAUACAAUGUUCAAAAUACAAACCUACCAAACUCAAAUUCAUGAAAAUGGAUAUUCAUGAGACCUCAGUCAACAACAGUGCAAUUGAUUGAAGCCAUUAAAUCAGUUAUGAUAUUUUAAUACUUUAUAUCCUCAGAUUUCAAAAUCAAUGUAUGUUCAUAAUGUGAUGAAUACAAUGUAAGGCCAUUUCAUUUAUUCUGCUUGCCAAACAUGCAUGAACAAACAGUAUUUCUUUAGUAAAAAUGUAAUGUCACACUGUCACUCUCCUUAUUAACAAUGGCAAAGUCCAUUUUUGGUAUUUGUACAUGGUCCGAGCUCUCAAAGCUUUUCGAAAGUGGUCAAAGAGUUUCUCUCUGUCUUUAAAGAAUGUACAAGCUCAGCAUUUCUGUGGUUGUACCUUUCUGUAUCUUCAGUGUCGUGCUAUGUUUAGAACAGAAGGAGAUCUUAACCGCUACCUUUUCAGAACAGUGAACAUUGAAAUUCAUUUUUUACAAUGUGAAUUUUUACCUCAAGUCCAAAAAUGAAUUUCCAUGAAACACACAAAAACAAAUUGGUGCUAUCACAAUUAAAGCACACUUGUAUAACUGUCAAAAUCUCCAGUGCUAAUGUAUUAGGGGUGUCAGACUUUUUUUUUCUCAGCAUAUGAAACAAACAUUACAAUUUGUGACCGCUGAAACAUAUACAGCACAUAAACAAAACUGACUUUGAAUCGUUAUCAACUGCAGUCCAAUCUUAGUGUGAUCUGUUUUAUUUUAAAAUAUCAUACAUAGGUCUGAUGUGCAAUUUGGAGGUUUCAUUAUGUAUUUGUUUGUAGAGGUGUAUGAAUAUAAAUGUAUAUGAACAUAUCCAAAGGGUCUUUAUUCUUGUGAACAUUCCAUUUUAUUGACUAUAUGCUGUAGUUCUUCAUCACAUUAAGAGUCUGUAUGUGAAAAUAUCGUAUAUAUCUGUUUACUUAAAUGAUUACGUAUGAGUAAUUAUGUUUUUAGAGGUAUCAUUUUCAAAUAUGGUCUGUAUGCAUACAGAGUACGAAUAUUUGCAUCAAAUAAGGUUGUAGACUAUGUUUCAGUGUGGACUUGCGUUGCUAGACUGACUUAAGGAGUAUUGAGACUGUACUCCAGCUAUGUGCCACAUUUGUCCAUAGUUACUGAAUGUAGCUUUUGCAGCAGAUACAGAUAAUGUGAAUCUGUCAGUGGUUCUUGGCACUAACAUUAAAGCUGCAUUUGAAAUUGCAUUUAUAUCUGAUGAAAGCACAAACCGAUACCUUUGUGGUACAUUCUAUCUCUUUCUCUGAAGAUUUGAAAUUUUCUUACCUCACACUGUCAUGAAGACAAAUUGAAUUUGAAUUGUCCUGUAGUUGAAAUGCAAACGUGCGCUAGUUCAUUUGGCAAAGUUCAAUCUUUUCCAACUUUUGUUUCUUCUUUUUCUGUACCUGGAUCUUCAGACUUCUGUCCAAAAUCCCAAUAAAGUCAUCCUCAGACAUCAGAACAAACAUGCAGUUUUAACACAUAUUGAGCAUUCAACUACUCUUGAAAUACCAAAUUUCUUGCCAUAAUUACUAUACACAACUUUAAGUUUGUCUGAAAGAAGUAUUUAAAAUGUUCAAAAUACACGAUUAUGAAUACAGUCUGCUGUCAUCAAGAUGUGUUGCGAUAUUUUCAAAAGGGUAUUCCAGUGGUAUUCUGUUUUUUACACCGAAUGGGGAUGUUGUUUUGUGUGAAUUAACUGGAUGAAAUAAAAGAUAUUGCCAAUCAGUGGCUGUCUUCA